CGGGGAGCUGGAGCCGGGCGCCGCCGGCGCCGCCGUUGCCGCCGGCGCCGCCGAGGCUUAACGUCUCGCUCGCUCGCGCAGCGGCGGCAGCAGAGGUCGCGCACAGAUGCGGGUUAGACUGGCGGGGGGAGGAGGCGGAGGAGGGAAGGAAGCUGCAUGCAUGAGACCCACAGACUCUUGCAAGCCGGAUGCCCUCUGUGGAUGAAAGAUGUAUCAUGGAAUGAACCCGAGCCAUGGAGAUGGAUUUCUAGAGCAGCAGCAGCCUCAGUACCCCCAGAGACUCUUGGCCGUGAUCCUGUGGUUUCAGCUGGCGCUGUGCUUCGGCCCUGCACAGCUCACGGGCGACUCUUGCAAGCCGGAUGCCCUCUGUGGAUGAAAGAUGUAUCAUGGAAUGAACCCGAGCCAUGGAGAUGGAUUUCUAGAGCAGCAGCAGCCUCAGUACCCCCAGAGACUCUUGGCCGUGAUCCUGUGGUUUCAGCUGGCGCUGUGCUUCGGCCCUGCACAGCUCACGGGCGGCUUCUCUGCAGAAUGUCAAACAAAGAUCGACACAUUGAUUCCAGCUGUUCGUCCUUCAUCAAGACGGAACCCUCCAGCCCGGCCUCCCUGACGGACAGCGUCAACCACCACAGCCCAGGUGGCUCUUCAGACGCCAGCGGGAGCUACAGUUCAACCAUGAAUGGCCAUCAGAACGGACUUGAUUCGCCACCUCUCUACCCUUCUGCGCCUAUCCUAGGAGGUAGUGGGCCUGUCCGGAAACUGUACGAUGACUGCUCCAGCACCAUUGUUGAAGACCCCCAGACCAAGUGCGAAUACAUGCUCAACUCGAUGCCCAAGAGACUGUGUUUAGUGUGCGGUGACAUCGCGUCUGGGUACCACUAUGGGGUAGCAUCCUGUGAAGCCUGCAAGGCAUUCUUCAAGAGGACGAUUCAAGGUAAUAUAGAAUAUAGCUGCCCUGCCACGAAUGAAUGUGAAAUCACAAAGCGCAGACGUAAAUCCUGCCAGGCUUGCCGCUUCAUGAAGUGUUUAAAAGUGGGCAUGCUCAAAGAAGGAGUGCGUCUUGACAGAGUACGUGGAGGUCGGCAGAAGUACAAGCGCAGAAUAGAUGCGGAGAACAGCCCGUACCUGAACCCUCAGUUGGUUCAGCCAGCCAAAAAGCCAUAUAACAAGAUUGUCUCACAUUUAUUGGUGGCUGAACCGGAGAAGAUCUAUGCCAUGCCUGACCCUACUGUUCCCGACAGUGACAUCAAAGCCCUCACUACACUGUGCGACUUGGCCGAUCGAGAAUUGGUGGUUAUCAUUGGAUGGGCGAAGCAUAUUCCAGACUUAGCUUUGGAACCAAACCCUUCUGACCACCCAAGGCCAAGCACAGUUUGUCUGAGCAAAUCUCAAACAGAGGUGCGGGAAAAGACGAAGAGCAACCCUUUAAACCAUGUAUCUCCAGGGCAGCUUACUAAAAAGUAUAGCUCAUGCUCAACAAUAUUUCUAGAUGACAGCACAGUCAGCCAGCCUAAUCUUAGAACCACAGUAAAAUGUUUGACCUUAGCAAUAUAUUACCACAUAAAGAACAGAGAUGCAGAUAGAUCCUUGGAUAUUUUUGAUGAGAGAUUACAUCCACUCACACGAGAAAAGGUUCCAGAGGAAUACUUCGAGCAUGAUCCUGAACACAAAGUCAUUUACAGAUUUGUUUAUACUCUUUGUAGUGCCACACAUCUAACUGCUGAAACUGCAGUAAUAACUUUGGUUUACUUAGAAAGGCUUUUAACUUAUGCUGAGAUCGACAUUUGCCCCACUAACUGGAAAAGAAUUGUUUUGGGAACCAUUCUUCUUGUCUCCGAGCUUUGGGACGAUCAGGCUGUAUGGGAUGUGGUCUACUGCCAGAUCCUCAAGGACAUUACAGCUGAGGACAUGAAUGAGAUGGAAAGGCACGUCCUGGAGCUACUUCAUUUGGACAUUAUUGUUCCUUUCAGUGUGUAUGUCAAACACUACUUUGACCUUCGCUCCUUAGCAGAUGACAACAACCUGAAUGUUCUAUUCACUCCUCUUAGCAAAGAAAGAGCACAGAGCUUAAAGGCCAUUUCCAGAUUGUGUGACGACGAAUACAAAGACGUGUGUAGAGCUGCUAUGAGAAGGUCUUUCAGCGCUGAUAAUUUCAUUGGUAUUCGGCGCUCCAAUGCCAUCCUCUCUUAAGGGAGAAGUGAGGGGUUGUAACAUCAUAAACCCCUCGAAACAAGGACUGGAGAAAUAGCACCUCUCCUGCUCAGAAACCAGCAAAGUUAGUAUUUUCACCUUAAAGAAAGACAUUGAAUUCAAGAGACUCAUGGACAAGCGAAGAUUAUGCUCAUAGGAAAGAACGGGACCUCGUCAAUGUAACACGCUCUUCUGUCCUUUUUAUUGUAAACAGAGUUACAAAAACCACUCCAAAGCUAAAAACUCCCAAUCCAUGCACAGAUAUCUGCUCCCAAUCUACACACAGAUAUCUGAUACCUGAGAACUAUCUGAGGUUUUUUAAUUAAUAGCUUAAAUUUUUAGACUUUAAAGACACUAACUAUAUAACUUCUAUGUUUUUCUUGCCUCACUGUCCCAUACUGCUGCAUAUUCCUUUAGAAUCAGUGCAGUAUUACCAUCAAAAAAUGGGACUCCAA